AUGGAUGCAGUCGAUGGUGUCGCUACCCGUCAGCUCUGCGCCGACAAUGAUUUACAAGGCGCAUUCUUUCUCCCGCUCGCCCUUUUCGACAAGCGCCUCAAUGAUCUGACCACGGCCGACUUUGAGCACGUCUCCCGGCCCAAGCUGCAUGGGCUCGAGGAUCUCCUACGCCACCUUACCGAGGAUGCCUGGCUCAUCGCCACCGCGAGCCUGUUGUCGCUGCACGGCAGCCAAGUUCCUGCAAACUACAGCGCCACCAACAUCCCAGGAGAAGAGCGUGUCGCGCUCGAGGGUCUGGGUGGACGCGGCCUGCUCCAUGGACGAGAUGCUACUGUGGCCAUGGGCGACACAGUCAUGCUGCACUGGGAUGUCGUGCCAGGACUCUUUUUGUCAUUGCGCGCCCAGCACUCUCUUUGUCGCCAGCUCGAUAUCUCCCUGCUCGCUCGCUUCAAGGGCGCCAUGCGGCACCUGUGCAUCCACCUCAUGAACCAGCGCAUCUCAACCCACACCUGCAUGGCCGCCAGCGUCUCGAUGCGGUCGCUCUUCGCCAUGCACCUGGACAUGGAUCCGAACGAGGUGCGUGACGACAACGCUCUCAAAAAUUACGGUUUCGACUCGCUCUCUGCUUCGAGGCUGUCGGCCGCCAUUCGACAGCACUUUGGCGUUGACGUGAGUCAGCUGCAGCUCCUCAGCGAUGCCAACCUCGGCCGUCUCGAGGCACUCGCUGCUACUGCCGGACAUCACCUUCCGUUGCAGAAUCGCGAGAGCCGCGAGCUGGAUGCCGACGACUGCGUCGUCACUCUCAACAAUGUCGCCGAUGGUCAGAAUCUCUUCAUCCUCCACGGCGGAGGCAUUGUUAUUCGGCACUUCGCCACUGGGCUCUUGGGCUGCCAUUUCCCGUCUUUGGCUGCAGACGAGAUUCUCCAGAACUACGCCGACCAGAUCCGUAGGGUGCAGCCGCAGGGCCGUACCGCCUAG